AUGAUUCAAGCCUGGUAUGAUGCAGGUUACCAGGAGAAGGAGGAGUACGCAAACUUUAAGGCCUUGUUGACAGCGCCAGCCGAAGAUGCGAAGCACAUCCUAGCGGAUCGAUUCCCUGUGCCGAAGUUCAUUCAGACCAAUGCGGGCGGCUCGCAGGCGCGCUUCCUCACCUCCAAGGUGAAUCCUUCCCAGACGCACAAUUCUGGGCCGGGCUGGGGCGGCGGCGGCUCCGACUCCUCUGUCGUCAUCACGGACGAUGUGUCCCUGAAGGUUUUCAUGGAACAUUUGAUAAGGCUGGCCGUCCAAUCCUGA